UCGGCCGCGGGCGCGGCUCAUGGCCAGCCCCGCAAGGUCUGGCUUCCCGGCGCACACGAAUAGCCGUCUGGACGCGUUCCUGCGGAGGCAGCUGCAGCCCGAGGUCUACGACGCCAUCCGCGCCUACGAGCCGUGCAUCGUGGUUUCCGACUCGGAGAAGCACACCUUCAAGUACGUGGUGCUCAGCGAUCGGCUCAUCUACUUGACCGAAAACCCGCCCAAGUCCAUACGGCGAGCCGUGGCGCUGCGGGACGUUGUGGCCAUUGACCUGAUUGAUGAUUACCCACAAUUUUUGAGUCCACCAGAGAGAGAAACCAACCAACAUAUUCGUAUCAUCCAUUCUUCAAAUGUUUUGAAAAAAGAGUGUGAAAAGUCAAAAGGUGUCAAGAAAUUCCCAUUUCCAUUUCAUCAUGCCACUUCUGACAACAAAAAAGUCAAAGAAGAGAUUAAUCCCUCUGUCUUUUGGAGAGGCAAAGAGCCCAGAAAUUUGAAUGAAUCCUCUCUCAGGUACUGCCACGAGAGAAGCACACGAUCCAAGGAUUCAACCUUCUGUCCUUCAGACCACAAGAAGCUGUCUCUUCACAGCCAACGUGCCUUUCGACCCUUACCGACCCCCUCCAGGAGGGGCUGUCAGUCCACAUCAGCCACUGGAAAGACGGUCAGCGUGCCAUCUUGCACAACCAACACAAAAGAACCCAAGGGACUUCCAGAUCACAAAGGUUCUCUAAGUGAAAUCUCUUUCAAGUGCAAUGGGAACAGAAAUGAAUUUUAUUUAGGAAAUUCCUCCCUGGCCUCCCCUUUACAGAACAACCCAAACAUAGAGAAAAAGGCAUCGGAACUUCAUUUGUACAUUAUUUCCACAACCUCAUCAAUAUUUCUGCACUUAAAAAGUUCAUGGAACAAUUAUAUUAUAAAAGCUACUCUUUUACAAGAUCCCUUGUAUGUUAGUGAGCUCAGUCCUGCUGUUGGAAGUCAAAAGCCAUACAGAUCUGAGGAGAAAAUUAAGCACUUCAGUCAACUUAAAUCUGAACUUUUUCUUAAAGAAAAUACUUUAAGGAAGAUACUUUGCUUAAUUACGGAACUUAAAGUAGCAGCCCAGAAAAACUUCAUUCUGAAACGACUUUUCUGGAAAUUGAGCUAUUGUGAACAUUACCAUUGUGAAAUUUGGGAGACCUUGCUUUCAAUUCUUCUGGGAGUGUACCUAGAAGUGGGACUGCUGAAUCCUGUGACUAGUGACCUUUUCUAUUUCCUGGUGAACAAACUUCAUGAGUACUUGCCAGAGUCUAGAGAUAAGAGCACACUUCAAAAUAAAAGCCAAAGGGCUGAUGAGCUGGUAGCAUGCAUUGAAAUUAUACAGACUCUGGGACUGAUGUUCAGAGAAACAGAAACUGAGGCAUCACGCCUGAAUACGUUGGCAGCUAAGAAGGGAACAUUGUUUAAUCUUUUGGUAAUUUUAAUUAGUGAACCUCAGAUUCCAAAAUCUUGCCCUGUGUUUGAUAUCCAGUUGGUGGCUGAUUCAACUUUAGUUGAGAUGUCUUUUGAUGCUGAGUUACAGAAGCUUAUCGUGGAAUAUACAGAUACAGCUACGGCACUUUUAUAUGAAAUACUUCUUGUCUUUCAGCAGGGAAAUCUUGGAUUGGGAUCAACAAAGUUUGCUAUUAGCUGGAUGAUGUCCUUCCUACAAAGUCGUACUCCCAUAAUCACUUUCGUGGCCACUAUCGUGAAACAAGUGGUAAAGGGGCUUUCAGCUUCGCUUCAGCUGCUGCGUCCCAGCCAAGCAGUUCUGUUGUAUCAGCAAUUUUACAUCCUCAAGAGCUGCCUGCAGCACAGCAAGACUUUAGCGGAGUGUAUUAGGAAUGACUACACAGAAGAAUUCAGCCUUUGACUUAAACAGCAUGAGCAGGGCAAAGGACAGAAGGAGAGAGAAUCUCAAGCAGACUCCCUGCUGAGCACAGAGCCCAACUCACGGCUUGAUGGCACUGCCCUGAAAUAAUGACUGGAGCCGAAAUCACAACCCUGAGAUAAUGACCCAGCCGAAAUCAAGAGUUGAACGCUCAACUGACUGAGCCACCGAGGCACUCUUUGAUGGAAAUUUCUGAGCAACUUUUAAUAGUGUUAACUGAUCGCUUUUUGUUCAUUGUGUUUACUUCUAAAAUCAAUGCUGGCUUGUAAGGUCUAAUUGGACUUGGGUCUCUGUAGGAGGGAGACAGUCGGCAAUCCUCCAUCCAGUCAGACCAAGCACUCCUGUAUCUGCAUAUCUGUGUAUUUGGUGUCUGAAGCUUUUCUCCUUUGGAAGGCAGCACGACUUCUUGGCUAGAAAUCCUGGUAGUGUGACUUUGUGACUUUGUGGCUUAUAGUACAGAUGCCAUGUCAGAAAGACCUUGUUUUGAUUCCUUCCUGCCUACUUCCUCAUCAUCAGACUUUUGGCAGGUUAUUGAACCUCUUCCACAACUUCCAAUUUAUCAACUAUAAGAUAAGCAAAAGCCUACCUUGACGGUUUUUGUGAAUAAUCAUUCGCUUAUACAUAAACAAAUAAUUCUGUGGCUACCAUAUACUGGGACAAACUCAUAUGGCAUUGCCAUUUCAAGUUCAAAAUUGUCAAUAUCCACAAUUUCAUAUGGUUCAAACAAAUAAAAGCCCCUCAAUAAAUUGUAGCUAUUACCCUAAUAGACACACUAACUUGCUUGAUGAACUCAUACUUUAUUUUUUUAUUUUUUUAUUUUUUUAAAGAUUUUAUUUAUUUAUUUGACAGAGAUAGAGACAGCCAGCGAUAGAGGGAACACAAGCAGGGGGAGUGGGAGAGGAAGAAGCAGGCUCAUAGCAGAGGAGCCUGACGUGGGGCUCGAUCCCAUAACGCCGGGAUCACGCCCUGAGCCGAAGGCAGACGCUUAACCGCUGUGCCACCCAGGCGCCCCUGAACUCAUACUUUAAAUACUAACCGUCUAUUCUAAUUUCCCAGAUAGUAUGGCACUUUGUUAUAACCUGGCUUACACCAAAACCUACAGUUUGGGUAAACCUUAAACUAUCUAGUUCAAUUACAAAUUAUUGAGCGAGCAUAACAUUCUUACACAUGGUCAAAUGGAAUUUUAUAUUUUCUUCCUUGCCUCCCCCCAAACUAAAAAUCUGUUCUUCCCCAAUCUUCUCCAUGGAUGGUACUUCAUUCAUUCCACUGCUCAAAAAAGAAACCUGACCAACCUCUGAGUUUUCUCCUUUUUUUUUCAUUCUCCACAUGCAAUUGACAAAACUGUAAACUAUUUACAAGUGUACCAUGUGAUGAUUUCAUCUGCCUAUACACUGUGAAAGGAUUUCCCCCAACCAUCCAUCAUCUAUGUAUUCUCCUGUUGGAUUUUUUUGGUGAGAACAUUUAAGUUCUAUUUUUAUAGCAAGUUCCAAUUAUAUAACAUGGUAUUAUCAACUAGAGUCACCAUGUUAUACAUUAGAUCCUCAAACUUUCUUCAUCUUCCAACUGAAAGUUUAUACCCUUGAAAGUUGUACAUUCCCCCUGUCCCCUAGCCCCUGGCAACCAUUUUCUACUGAUUCUAUGAGCUCAACUUUUUGUUUUGUUUUGUUUUAAAUAAAGGGUUGUUUUAAGCUUC